AUGCAAUUCCUGGUGAGUAAGGACGGAGGAUGGCUCAGACGUUGUCUGGGUCAAGUCGAGCACGACCAAGAGACUGUGGUGAGCGGAGAAGGCGUAGAGAUGGGAGGGAUGGAAAAGAGGGGGAGCGGCCUCUUCAUGAGAUAUGUUCGAAUUGAAGAAGCGAUGCAAGCAUUCCAGUUUGGAGUCGUGGGUCAAGAGUUUGAGCAGUUGGAGCAGACAUUGACGUUUAUGGGAUAUUCGCUGGAGAGCGUGCGUACGAGACUGGGAAGGUGGGUGAAAGCGAACACGGACUCGCAGAGUGGGGCGUGGAGGCCUUUGAUGUUUCAAGCGGGGGAGUUGAUAUCGGGGUGGACAGAGGUUGGGCGUGUAUCGAAUGAUGUGUCACGUACCCUGCGGCAGAGAGAAGGGAAUGCAGUACUGGGGGAUCGGGCGGUGCAGUGUCGUGUAGUGUGGGAGUUGCAAUGUGUUUUGAGGGAAAGGGUAUCGGGAAUGGAAGGGAGCCCGAGCAGUAUGGUAGCGGUGGCGCUUUGCAUGGUCAGUUUUCCGUCGCUGGUUGUGAUGAAGACAGAAGAAACGAGCGAGAAAAUGGGUGCCACGGAUGUCCGGUCAAGCGAGGCAGGGGGGGUGGCAAUCUCGGAAAAUCGAGAUAGUGUGUCAGUAUCAUUCGGGAAUGAGCAAAGAGGUAGGGAUGCGGAAGAAGAGAGGAAGAAACGGAGCGAAGAAAUGUUUGUGAUAGUGCCGAUUUGUGGGCCUCAGAGAAUGAGGCUUCAGGUACAAGUGGGCGACGAUGACGAUUGGAGCAAUAGAGGUGGAGCGGGCGAUAGAGGAUUCAAAGUGAGAGUACGGUUGUGCCGGGGGGCGACAUCGCGAGAUGAGCGGUUUGAGUGGGGAUGGUGGCGGGAGGCAGCGUUGGGACGUAUGGAGGGAUUGAGGCGAUGGCAGAAGAAUCAUGGUAUGUGUUCGCCAGACUUGCAUGCCGGGCACCGGAAUAUGACGUCAGACAUCGUGAGUGUAAAGCCAAGAGCAGACAAAACGGGGACAGAGGUUGAGAUGUGGUCGGGAUGGGAACCGUUUCGAAGCCAGCAAUGCAGAUUUGAGCUAGAAGGGGACAAAGUUCUUGCGAAAUUUGAAGUGAGCAUGCGACACCAUGAUCUAGUAGUUACAAAGAAAAACAUUACGACAUUGUACACCCAAGCCGUCGGGGAGAGAAGCUUCACGGUGUACGAAGACAAUGACCGCGAGGCCUUACAAGACGGAUGUUUGAUAGUAGGAGAAGCACUGGAUGAUAAGUCGCCAGGUUGCUUGAGCUCAGUCAGGGCUGGAGCAUAUGAAGAUGAAGAGUUUGCGAAGAACCUGCCAGCAAAAGGCGAAAAUGUUAUUGAGGAAGAGUUGGGCCAGGUCCAAAGAGACAUUUUUCUGUUGAAGGUUGCUGCACUGGAGCAUGGUGAUAUGAACGCGUUGCAGAGAUGCGUGGAACUCCUCACCGACUCGAGUGAGGAGAUCACAGAACACAUGAUAUUGACGAACAGGCGACGAGCUGGAGAAUUGGUGCUAGCUUUUUUCCACAGUGUUUUUGUGAGCAGAAAGGGGAGUUGCGGGGUCAAGGGGGGUGGAAGAGAGUUUGAAGCGUUGUUUUCAUUAAUGCAGGAGCUUGUGGAGAAAUCGGCUUUUGACAACUAUGUCGUGGAUGUGGUUCUGGAAUUUCUGAAAUGCGCAGUAGAUAUGAGUAUACCUGAGGAUGUACGAAGCUGCCUCGUAUGGAUGCGAAGGUUGAUAGCAAGAUCACUGAGAUUGGAUAAGUUGGAUUUUCUUUGUCGUAGUUUUGAAGAAAUAAUUAGAGCGGAACGAGGGCAAGGAGUGGCUAUCCGUCGGAAGCAGUUCUUCUUCACGGACAGUGAGGUGACCGAGUACGACGUGUGUACUGUUAACAUUUUAGAAAAGACUCUUCUGGAACGCGAGAUUGAGGAGCAUGAUGAUGUCUGGGCGAUGAACACGCUAGGACUGAUGGUGCAUAACGGCGCAGAAGGAGUAGAAGCCGAUGUGGUACGCGCAAUGGAGCUUUAUGAGCUUGCAAUAUCGAAAGGCGAUGAUGGCUCUGCGAUGAACAACCUAGGUUGUUUGUUAGAGAAGGGAGGGGAGGGGGUCGAGAAGGAUGCGGUACGAGCCAAGGAGUUAUUCGAGCGUGCAAUCAAUGAGCAUGAUUUUGUCCCGGCGAUGAACAAGCUAGGACUGAUGGUGGAGGAGGGCGCAGACGGAGUAGAAGCCGAUGCUGUACGCGCAAUGGAGCUUUAUGAGCUUGCAAUAUCGAAAGGCAGGAACGGCAUCGCGAUGUACAAUCUCGGUAUCUUGCUGAGAGACGGGGCGGAGGGUUUGGAUUGCAAUUUGGUGUGCGCGGCUGAGCUGUUUGAGAGGGCCAUUGAAGAGAGCAACGGUACAGACGCAAUGGUGGAACUCGGAAAUCUGUUACGCGAUGGAGCGGAAGGAGUCGAGCGGGAUACAGAUCGUGCAUGCAUAUUGUACGAGGGGGCCAUCAAAGAGGACAACCAUUCCGAGGCUGUAGAGAAUCUUGCUGCGCUGCGCGAUGCUGAGAUGAAUGAGGUCACAGAAGACGGAGAUUGA